UGGUAACGAAGUAAACGUCAUUUCCGCUUUGAGAACGGCAACCCGGAAGUAACAGCUUACAAGUGGUGGUUUGUGUUUUCAAAAGCAACAAACUUGCCUCUGUGAAGUGUUUUCAUGCAGUUUCACCGCAGUGAUGCCCCGGUACUGCGCUGUGAAAGUGUGCAGUAACCGCGGAGGAACUGCGUCUAAACAAGAAAACAAGAGAGUCAGCUUCUACCCGUUUCCCUUGCAAGACAAGUCCAGGCUUCAGAAAUGGGUGGACAACAUGAGACGGGAGGAGUGGUCCCCGAGUCGACAUCAGUAUCUCUGCAGCGAGCAUUUUACAGAGGACUGCUUUGAUAUUCGAUGGGGCAUCCGCUACCUGAAGAACACGGCCGUCCCAACCGUAUUUCCUUCCAUUGAGGAUGAUGAAGAGAAAAAAGUUACACCCAUUAAAAGAAGCCCCAAGGCCAAACCCAGGACUUUGGACAUUGAGCCCACAGGAUUUGACUCUCCUCUCAGCAAGAGGCCACUCAUUUUGAGCAGAACAUGCAAAAAGGUCCAAUCAAGUACGACAAACAGCACAGAGAUGAUAUUUGAACCACCUCUGGUGUCGCUGGACACUGGCGUCACCUGUCAUUCAGAUCUCUUAGAGGUACGGACUGCUGCUUGUGAGUUACCAGGUGACGGUGGAACGCCAACAGUAUCCUGCCUCGUACUGUCCCCACGCGAUGAGCUGCAUCCUGAAGAGCAGGCCGACUCGAUUGUGACUGUGUUGUGCUGCGAGUCUCUCGGCCCUUUCUCGGAUGGACGGGAAAAUGUGGAUGCCCUCCAAGCGGCGCUGGGCCAGGCUUUUAGCUUCGUCCCCGUGGAAACGGUCAAAGACGAAGCCUGCUUUUCGGAGGAGAGGGGACCCUGCGAAGGAGAGCACAUUUGCUUUUACGAGCACUCGUACUGCAGGCCGGACACGGACAACGAUCAGCUUUGGCGCAAGAUCUUGAGUUUGCACUCGAAGAUCUUGGAGCUGGAUCGCAGGGAGGAGAGCACCGUGGCCAAAAUCCAUGCUCUGGAGACUGAGGUAGCCCGCCUGAAGAGAGACGGCGCUGUUUUUAAAGAGAAGCAGAACAUUUUAGAAGAUUAUAUAUCCUCCAUGUUGCUCUGAUCUCGCAAUCUGCGGACUUCUGAAAUGAGAUUGGUUACCAUUAUUUUGGUGAUAUGUUGCACAUGCUCCAAUACGUGAAGUACAGCAGCACAAACUGUCUUAUAAAACUCUAUUGGUACUCGUUGUUCUGCAACUUUUUUCUCAUAUCCAUAAGCCUUUUUCCACAGCAAACAUUUUGACAUGUAACACCUGUGCUUUCCCACAAUGUCAAGUCAAAAUAUCUGCUGUGAGAAAGGCCUAUUGUAUUAUCUGUUUUGUCCAUAUGGGGGCACUGUAUGACCGUCUUCAAAGCGUCACUGAAACAUUGAUUCUCAGCUGCUUGUUGCUAUGCAUUACUGAUACAUAUUUAUAUGUUUACAAUUUUUACAUGAUUGGAUCUCAGUUGUGAUUUCUACAUCAUCCUAUAAUUUAUGAAUGACUCACCACGAAUCAUGUCUGAAACCCUUUUUUAAAACCUAGACACGCAACUCGAAAAAAAAUGAUUAAGCUCUGGUAUUUACUGGACUGGAACAGCUACUGCUCGAUGUGUCGAUAUACAUCAAAUCAAUUCUCAUUCACGUUCAAACAGCCCCAAUCAUACAUGUAAUGACAGUGACAUCGGUGUUCGCCAGCAAUCAUGUCCACGGACGCAGAGGCUCAUUUUCUCUCUGUGGCUGUGAUUGAUUGUCUGCUGGCGUCACACUGUCAUUCUGUGCAGUCUCCUUCAAGUCCAAAAUGUUCUGCUUCACAGAAAAAAAUCAGCUGUGGAUUUACUUUAAGUAGAAUAAAGGGGAUUGUUAACACGUUUCUUAAAGCGUGCGCUCCUCUCAGAGGGGGCUGUGUUUGUGUCCACUAUGUCCCUGGUGAUUGUUUUAAACCCACCACAGUGACAUGAACGAGAACCAGCUGCAGGAUUUAUCCAUCACUUUUCCACCCUUGGGCUCUGAAUUAGUCAUCAUAGUAUUUUGGCCAAGUGAGGUGCCUAAUCCUAUUUGGAGCAGUUUUCCAGGAUGAGAUGCGCCAUAGGCUGUCUCUACACAGUAGCAGGCUUUGUCACACAAUCUGUGGAACAGUUUAGGGUGGAUUGUCACAAAACAUUGUAUUUAUAACCUGUGAUGAAAAUAGAAAUUAACUGUCUGUGGUUGUGACAAAAGAGAAAAAGAAAACACCUGUUGUGAUUUUAAUUGAGCAUAGCAAGGCUUUAAUAACUUGGAUUAAAAGGCUGUAUACCCUGAUGAUGACAUGAUGGAGCUUCUGCUUGUGAGGCUAAAUUGGUUUCAAAUUAAUUACAAUAUGAUUGCUUGCACGUAUGAAAGGAUUUGUGAAGUGCAAUAUGAAAUGACUCCUGGGUUUUGCAUUACAUGAAAAGGGUCACAAGAUGAUACAUUUCCACGGCAAGGAACGAAACCGACAAAUAUUAUUAAUGAAAUGAAAUUGCUGUAAUCACGUUGCUCCGCGUCUCGGCAGGAAAAACAAAACGACGUCAUCGCCGUGCAUUCGAUUUGUCUCUUUGAGACCUGCGCUUAUCUUUAUAGGAUUUGGUCCUUGGGAAGUACAGUGGAGUAAUAUUAAUUGUUUCUGGAAAUGCGCAAUAUUAAGUUACAAAGCCGUUCACAGCCAGGGUAAUGUAACUGACGAUCAAUCAGAAAGGACUAAGGAAUGAAAUGUUCAUAAUGAAAUAACAGGAAUCAAUACAUAACAGACCCAACAAUAAGGUUAAAGUAAAAGAUUAUAUACAGAAGGCCUUACGAUAAUAGUCAAUUCCAAUAGGUGCUUUCCAUCUAUGCUACAGAAACAAAUUAAUUUUCCCCCGUCUGUUGCAGGCAUAUUGAAGAGGGUGACGUCAGUGCUGUAAGUAGUAAAUUAUCAUUUAUUUAUUGUACUGAAUAUAACAAACCAUAUUGUUCAAUGUUUACUUGUGAUCAGACAAAAAAAGGCAAAGCAACACAAGCAGAAGGAAGAGAUGCUGCAAUUUACAUUUUAAUUACAUAAGAAAUAUUUACAGAAUAUUAAAAAUGAGUAGUCUGUGGAUGAUGAAUAGUCUGGCAUUAUGCUUCUCUGUAUGUGUGUAGAAAGAAAAUCCAGGUUUAUGUCUCGACUUUUUUUUUUUCUAAAGCAGGUUUAUUUUGAAAAUCCUAUUUCCUACAGCACUGCAUAAUGUACUGUGCUCUGUGUAAGUGUUGGUACGCUCGGGGAAAAGAUGCUGGCAUAUUUUAGUAUGCAUUAAGCACCGUGUCUUAGCCUGUUUCACAGCUGCAAACUACUCCGCUAAAAACGUAUAACAUAUGGGCUUUUCUUUCAUGCAUGAUGGGAUGUUUUAUUUGUGAGAUCGCUGAA